CUGCAGGCAAAGGUUCCGAUGCGUCUGUUUGUAGUGCUGAGUGUUUGUGUGGCUUUGGCAUCCGCCGGAGGUUACGGCGGUGGUGGAGGAGGAGGCGGAGGAGGAGGUGGUGCUGGAGGACAUGCCGCGUCCUCUGCUUCGGCAUCCGCUUCGGCCGGAGCAUUUGGCGGCGGCGACAGUGGCGGUGGCGGUAAAUUCGGAGGAGGACAUGGAUCCGGCGGUCCCGGCUCCGGAGGUCACGGAGGUGGCGGUUUCGGCCCUGGAGGAGAUUACGGAGGUGGCCUAGAUGGCGGAUUCGGCGGUGGAUCUGCUGGAGCCUCGUCCAAUGGUCUUUCGGGCGGAGCUAUUGGAGGUCCAUUCGGAGGAGGCGGUCAUUCCGGCGGUGGCGUUAUUUCCGGCGGAGGAGGAGGCGGACAUUCUGUAGGAGGUGGUUCCUUUGGCGGUGGCCAUUCCGGCGGAGGAGGCGGACCUGGCUUCGGUUCAGGAGGAUUAAUUGGCGGAGGAGGUGGAGGUGGUCAUUCCGGAGGCGGAGGAGGUGUUCCAGGAUUCGGCCCAGGUGGAUCAAUCGGCGGAGGAGGUGGAGGUGGUCAUUCAGGAGGCGGAGGAGGAGGUCCUGGAUAUGGAUCAGGUGGACUAAUCGGUGGAGGAGGUGGACAUUCCGGAGGAGGAGGUCCUGGAUUCGGAUCAGGUGGAGGUCACGGCGGCAGCUCUGCUUCAUCUUCGGCCGGAUCAAUUGGUGGCGGUCAUGGAUCUGGAACGCCAGGAGGUGGUUAUGGAGGAGGCGGACUCAUUGGAGGAGGUCCCGGAUUCGGUCCAGGUGGCGGAAUCGGAGGAGGUAGUCACUCAGGAGGAGGUGGAGGCUUUGGCCCCGGAUUCGGAGGUGGAGCCGGUGGCGGUCACUUUGGAGGUGGUCUCAGUGGUCACAAGCAAGGCGGCCAUGGAGGCGGUGGUGGAUACAAGGGCGGAUCUGGAGGAGGUGGCGGAUACGGCGGCGGCGGCGGUGGUGGUGGUGGUGGCUACGGAGGAAGGCCUGGAGGUGGCGGCGGAUAUGGAGGUGGUGCCAGCUCGAGCGCCUCUGCUUCGGCCAGUGCUUCGGCGGGUAGUGGCGGUGGCUACCACGGCUAGUGCUAUUUCCCCUAAACCGUAAAAACCUGCAAUUGCCCAAAUCGCUUGAAAGUAUUACCCACGAUUUCAAUAAAAUGGUUCAUUUUUGUAUACCAAAAGUGCCUUUAAUUAAAAAAAUUGCAUAAUA